AGGAAAAUAUUUCUAAAUUGGCACUCGAGACACCUUAUCAACAACAAUUCUAUUUCCUCAUAAUCUAACAAUUUAUCCUCACGUUAAAUCAAAUCAAACGGCUCAUAUUCUAAAAACGAUCUACACACAGAUAAUAUGGAGGAUAAACUUAUAUUAGCUACUCUUCUCUUAGGGUUAAUCGUGGCUGUGAUCAGCAGAGAGACUUUGCCCGAUUUAUCGCUAACAGAGGUUUGUGAGAACGGCGACGAUGGGCAUUGUAAUGGCGCACAAUCGAGCGUUUCCGCAUUUAAGCCCACUCCACAAAAACGAUACCCUUUAGGGGAUUACCGUAACUGCGCAGACUCCGAAGGAAAAUUACUACCCCGUCUUGAAGCCCUUCCCGGUGGGGGCUGGGAUAAUUUGCGGAACCUCGAUAUGGGAAUUGUUGCUCGAAGGAAUUACAGUCAAUGUUUAAGUUCAGAAGAUGGAAUGUACUUGAUUCCCGAUGGGAUGUUUGUGAUUCCACAGAAAAGAACCAAUUUGGAAACAUACGCGGAGAUAUUUGAGGAUAUGACAAGUUACUCGAGCAUGACAUCGAGGAGUAUUAACAUUGAAGUGAAUGUCCUUUCUCGCAUCAGCGGUUCGUUUUCGUACUCUCACCAGAAAGCCAAGACGAAACAGUACAACGAUAAAUCGAUGACGACACGGGUACAAGUACGACGCCAUGUUUACACCGUGAAACUUUCCAUGGAUACCGAGAUUGAAGCGGCGCUUCGUAACCGAGUUCUAGACAUGAUUGGUAGCCUACAAGGAAACAACACAGACGAAGCUAGUUAUCUCGCUCAGUUAUUGGUGCGUGACUAUGGUACACAUAUUGUGACAAGUGUAGACGUGGGUGCUAUACUUGCACAAGAAGACCACGUGAAACGAUCAUCUUUUCUCGAUUCUAAAACUGACUCGACGCAAUUUAAAGCAUCCGCUAGUGCAGAUUUCUUCGGAAAAGUUGGUUUUAAAAUAGGUGUAGAGGUUGGUUCCUCCGAUUCUACGACUAAGAAAUAUCAGACCAGUCGUACACAUUCUAAAGUAAUAACUCACGGUGGGUCAUCAUUCACGCCGAACUUUACUUACACAAAUUGGGAAAAGGGACUUGUCAACUCUUUGGUUGCAAUAGAUAUGUCGGGAGAUCCUCUUCAUUAUUUCAUAACUCCGAGUAAGUUUCCGGGUAUUCACGUAUCAAGUGUCAGAAAUGCAGCACGAUUAAUUGAACGCACUGUUAAUCGAUACUAUCAAAUUAAUACACUGUAUGGUUGUACGAAAAUGGAUUCUCCGAACUUCAGUUUUGAAUCAAAUUUAGACGAUGGAUCGUGCGAGACGGCGAUGACAAAUUUCACAUUUGGUGGGGUAUUCCAAAAGUGUUCUCUAUUGGAGCGGUCUGCGGGAAACAUUUGCCCCGAACUUACCCAGAAAAAUCCAUUGACUGGUGACUUUUCCUGCCCAUCGAUGUAUAAGGCAGUCUUACUUCAUAGUGGUACCAAGAGAAAAGGUGACCCGAGCAACUGCCAUGAGCAUUGUUAUACAUGUUGGCUGGUCCUUCGCUGUUGUGAUCGUAUUUGUGAUCGCUCCUCAAAAGCUAAGUAUGACGUUUAUUGGUGUUAUGCCCCGGGUCACGUAAACACUAAUUCUGGAUUUCUGUUUGGAGGAAUUUACUCAGCAGUCCGUCAAAAUCCGCUUACAAAGUCAACAAACUGUCCGAUGCAUUUCUUCGCUUUAAAAUUAGGCGAUGGCGUUUUCAUAUGUGUCAGCGAUGAUUAUGAACUUGGGUUCCGAUUUUCUAUUCCGUUUGCUGGACUUUUCAGCUGUACCGCUGGUAAUCCACUCGUGCUGUCGAAAGAUCUUGUAAAUAAACGGAGCGCUCCACGGACAAUGAUGACAUAUCUAUCCGAAGCUGGCCCUGCUUCUUGGCCACAUCGUUGUCCCCCCGGUUACAGUCAGCACAUUGCGUCCAUUGACGAUGGUUGUGAGAUAGAGUAUUGCGUAAAAGUGAACGCCCUGUCGUCUCACGGAUUGACCCCGAUCAAGCGUCCUCCGUUUAUUGACAUCCCACACAUUAACGCUAACUCCACGGAUACAAUGGUGAUCAUGGGAGCAGCUGGGAACGCUUGGGUGAAAAUCCAGGAUCAAAAUUGGAAGUUAGUUUCUGCGGCAGAUGCGAUAGAUGCGUAUAAAAUCAUUGACCAAACGAAAUCGAAUGCUCGAGUGAAACCUAAAAAUACCAGCGCAAUCGUUGGUAUAGUGAUUGGCGGGCUGGCAUUUGUUGUCUUGGUUGCUAUGGUUGUCUUUGGUAUAAGGCGAAAAUAUAAAAAUCGCCGUGCCGGACAUAGUAGAUUGGUAGGUAAUAACCAAAAUUCAGAAAUGGGUUUGCAAGAUAGCAGUCAACAAAAUCAGUAUGGGACCAUAGGAAGCGAGACUAACAUGCGUGACGAAAAUCCAAAUGUUUAGUGGGCGUGUUUCAGUUUUGAUAGAAUCACACCAAGGCAUGUACUACCAUGAACAGGGCCAUGUGUCAUUUAUCCACCACUUAUUGUAUUUUUAAAGCUUUGAAUACUAGUAGUGCCAUAUGCCAAUUGUAGAAUGUAAUAUAAACAACAAUAUAGAAGACUUAUAAACAACAAUAUAGAAGACCAAGAUGUUGAUAAGACAAAGAUGUUGUUAUUGGUACUCUACCAAUCUUGCUUACAUUAUAAUUUGAUAUAUAGAAAUUAGAGUACGGUAAUGGUGUAGUCAGAAAUUCAUAGAAAAUACGCAUGCUGAAACAACAAAUAUAGCUUCUUAAACCUUGAUAGGAAAAUAUACGUUUGGAAUGGACAUUCCACGAACAGAACUUUUUUGAGCUAAUAUGACUCGCAACACUAUAAAUUGUUCCUAAAUUGCAUGUUAUCGCCGCGAUAUAAUAUAUUCUACUGCAAAGGGCUCUGUAACAUGGAUGCUUUGUUUUUUAAAACAUUAAAACUUUCAAAGCCGAAUGACAACAACUUAAGGUGCCAUGGAAGUUAACAGGAAAUGACAAAACCAAAAGUGACAAAACCAUGCUGGAUUUUGAAAUUUUUUUGAACCAAGAUAACAGAGUUCUGUUUUGACCUCCAGUCAAUUUAACUAGUUCCACAUAUCAUUUACAUGACCGGGAACACAAUGGAAAUUUCCUGUUAACUUCCAUGGCACCUUAACGGCGAAUUACUUAAAUUAGAUGAACUAAAAACAUUAAAAUCAACAUGCAUCAUUUUAAAAGCGAAGAUAACCUUAAAAAAUUCAGCAUGUAACGAUGACUUUCAUAAACCAGAACUGCUAUAUCAUCAUUUGUAAUAAAAAAUAACAUUUACAUUUGAAAUUCACUUUUCUAUACUGUUAAAAAUGCCACAGACAGUGGAAACGUGAUAUUCGUUUUCACAAUUGUCAUUGUAUUUUAGUAUUAAUUUAAACGCACUGACUGAAUAAACGUAGUUUGCAAGCUUACUUUUGGAUCUGGUUAAACAGUCAACAA